AAAGUGAGUGAAAAAGUAGGAGGUGCAGAAGGAACCAAGCUAGAUGAUGACUUCAAAGAAAUGGAAAGGAAAGUGGAUGUUACCAGCAGGGCAGUUAUGGAAAUAAUGGCAAAGACAAUAGAGUAUCUUCAGCCCAAUCCAGCUUCCAGAGCUAAACUCAGCAUGAUCAACACUAUGUCAAAAAUUCGAGGCCAGGAAAAGGGACCAGGUUACCCUCAGGCUGAAGCCUUGCUGGCAGAUGCAAUGCUGAAAUUUGGCCGAGAACUUGGAGAAGAAUGCAACUUUGGACCAGCACUUGCAGAUGUGGGAGAAGCUAUGAAGGAGCUUUCUGAGGUCAAGGACUCUUUAGACAUGGAAGUGAAACAAAACUUCAUUGACCCACUUCAGAAUCUCCAUGACAAAGAUCUGAGAGAAAUACAGCAUCACCUAAAGAAAAUGGAGGGUCGACGCCUGGAUUUUGAUUACAAAAAGAAAAGACAGGGCAAGCUUCCUGAUGAAGAACUUCGCCAAGCUCUGGAGAAAUUUGACGAAUCAAAAGAAAUUGCUGAGUCAAGCAUGUUCAACCUUCUGGAGAUGGAUAUUGAACAAGUGAGCCAGCUUUCUGCUCUUGUACAAGCCCAGCUGGAGUACCACAAGCAGGCCACACAGAUCCUACAGCGAGUUACUUCUAAGCUGGAAGAUAGAAUAAAAGAGGCAUCAUCUCAGCCCAGGAGAGAAUACCAGCCCAAACCCCGUAUGAGCCUGGAUUUCACAUCUGGUGACAAUACUCAGCACAAUGGAGGAAUAUCCCAUGCCACCACACCCAAACCGUCAGGUGUUCACAUGGAUCAGCCAUGCUGCCGAGCUCUGUAUGACUUUGAACCAGAAAAUGAAGGGGAGCUGGGAUUUAAAGAGGGUGAUAUCAUUACCCUCACUAACCAGAUUGAUGAGAAUUGGUAUGAGGGGAUGCUUCAUGGCCAGUCAGGUUUCUUCCCCAUCAAUUAUGUCGAUAUUCUAGUUCCAUUACCCAAUUAGGAUGGCUGAUCCACCACCUCUGACCCAAACAGUUGUGUCAGUACCACUGCUUCCAAAAUGCUGCUUCUUACACCUUGCAAGUGCAAACUGCAGUGGUUAGAGUCAUCGAUUCCCACUGAGCAUCUUUGGUUUAUGUGUUGUCAUACUACGUGGUGGUGAUGCGUGGUAUCUUCUGAGCCAGCAUAGUGUGGGUUAGUUUAUUGGCCAUGCUGGCCUGGUGGUAACGAGAGCCAUUACUGAGAUGAAGCUGGGAGGAUGAUGGCAAGCAAAGCAGGUAACUCAUAGUAAAGUAGCAGGAAGUGAAGGUGGUAUUGGGAAGAUAAUGCCUAUCACCACUGUAUUACUUUUCAGUCUUAGUUCUCUAUAAAAAGAGGGAAAAGUUCUUGCCAUUCCAUCUUUCACUUCCUAAUGAUACAGUUCACACAGGUCUAACAUUGACUACACAGAAUUGUAUCUUCCAACCAAACUGGCUUGCUGUUCUCACAGAGACAGUGUAAAUGUAGACCUUCUGGUUUCUGAGAAAGUGAACCACUGUACUGUGUGUCCUGCUGCUCUCUGCUCAUUUUUAUAUUCUUAAUUAUUGUUAAAAGGCCUAUUUCCAUCCAGAGGUAAACUGUAAACCAUAAAAUGGGGAUUCCUAUAGUAAAAACUUUGGACUACAAACCACCUGAAUUUGCCCUUCAGGAACUUCAAGCAUGCUCACCAAAAUGCCAGUAAGAGGGCAAGAUGGGGAAUAAAACUGGCAUUUGUUAACUGUUUCUUGUCAAGUCUUGGCACAAAAUCAUGCUGCUUAAGCACCAGAUAUCCUUUGUAAACUCAUUCACUGAGGAAUACAGUAACCAACCAAACAUGACCCUCCCUUCAUUUGUUUCUGCCUACCAUGUGUUCUUCGAACAUCAUUUGUGCAUAUUCUGCCCUCAAUGAGGACUAAAUAAAACUUGUUAUCUUUUUGUGUUGAGCAAUUAAAGCCAUGUGGCUGUAUAUGCAAAAACAUUUCCCAUAUGUUUAGUUGGUUCUCUUGUGUUCCUCCUUCCUGCACUUUGUGUGUACAGUGCUGUGCCUAGCU